UGGUAUGUGUUUAUUUUUAAGACGAUGGCACGUUUGCCGUGCGUCCUCGAAACAAGACAUACGUUGAGGGACAAAAGGUAACCCUGACAUGCAAUCGGGACCGUAUGUCAAAAGCCAAAAUCCACUGGUUUAUGAGGAAAAAGGACCACGAUUCAGAGAUCAAGAUAAGCACAGAUGAAGGUAGACUGGAUGUUUCACAAGAUGGGACACAGCUAACGAUUACUGAACUAAGACGAACAGAUCAAGGCAGUUACCGAUGUGAAGCACGAUACAAAGAUAAACGCUCGCAGUUCUCUUCUUAUGGAUAUGUAAAUGUUAAUUUUCUUCACAAUGUUUCCAUCACAACGCCAAAUCCUUACAUUCUUACUCUUGGCCAGAGGGGAGCUUCUCUUCUGUGCAAUGCAGUUGGUUUUCCAAAACCUGCCUUGACUUGGUACAAAGAAGUAACAAUUAAAUCUGCCUCACAAAUCAAAAGCUUUCAAACAUUGAGUUCCAUCAACUCAGGUGGCCAAGAUGGCGUCCAGUUGCCCCUUACAGCAUCUGGCAAUGGAAUAAGUUACGAAGAAGCAGGCAACUACACGUGCGAGGCUUACAGCAAAACCUUGAACAAGACUACAAGAGGGACAAUAGAAGUUCUAAUUAAACCAGAAAUCCAAUACAAACCGACAAACCAGAUUGUCAUACAAGGGAAAACAGCAUCAUUUUAUUGUAAUGCCACUGGAGUACCUGAGCCCACAAUAUCAUGGAGAUUCAAACACAAACCCAAAAACACUGGGAUUAAACUCGUGAUUGACAAAGUACAAAAUACUGGAGAAUACGAAGGAAGGUAUACAUGUAUUGCAAGCAGCAGGGCUGGGAAAACAGAAGAUUCUGCAUUGCUAACUGUACUUGUUCCACCAACAAAAAAAGCUGCAUUGCAAGGUGUCAUGCUACAGCUGGGACAAACCCUUCGACUAAAGUGUGAUGUGAAUGGAGAUCCUAAACCAUCUUUUGUAUGGACGAAAAGACUACUAGGAAAAACUGAACGGAUAAUGUUACCCGAUCAAAAGAAGGCUGAGCUACUUAUCACAGACGUGCGUAUCGAACAUGCUGCGUAUUACGGAUGUACAGCAACCAAUAGUCUUGGCAACAUAACACUCAAAGAGGUUUUUAUUGAUGUAAACACAAUGGUAGCGUCUCUGUUCAGUUUCGCGUCGUUUAUAAAAUUGAAGUCAAGAAUCCAGAAGACAAGCCUCCACCAGAUGCCAAGGUGCGAAUUGCAAAUGUUCUUGUCCGYAGGGUGAAGACGUCAGRUGGUAUCGUAGGGAAGCUGAUAUUWAAAGCCGAGUCUCUGAAACCRCGAGGUAUGUAUACGUAA